UGAGAAUACCAGUAAAGAAAGCAAAACUCUCUUGAAAAUAAUGCCAUUAUCUCCUCCGGCAGACAUACAGUGUGCAAGUUUCAGUUUCCAGCCAAAGUUGGAGAACGGAGAAACGGUGCAAGACCAAUGUAUACUGUAUGAAGACGAGGACAGCACUAGUGGUGGUGGACAGACCGAAAAUUUAUGCUUCACGUCAGCAGAUACAGCGGGAGUCAUAUCAGUCCCCCAUACCACCACUAGCUCCACCGCCAUUGUCACUACAAUCUCUGCUGUUUCCUCAUCCAUCGUUCCAACCAAAAUAUCAGGCGCCUCUCGACAUGACAUAACGCUUGAGUCAGCAAAAUCAUCAGUGUGCUAUUCUCAGACAGGCUCAAUCGGUAUCUAUUUCUCAUCAAGCCACUACCUCCUCUGUCAAUACUCGGACGUGUACAAGAUAUUGUUCUCGACACCAAAAACUCCCUGUUCUCGCACCAAUAGAAUAGAGUGCAUGAAUGUCACCUGCGGCCACGGUGAAAUUGUAGUGGGUUUCAAGGAUGAUGGUGUCUCCGUGUUGGGGCCUUGUGCUAAGUAUUCCAGCUCUGUCUCAGUGCUGAACCAAUACGACUGUCACACAGUCACAGGGCCUCUGCAGGAGAAAAUAGAAUACGACUGGAAGAUUUGGCGGAUAUGUGGUGGAAACGAACAAGACCUUUACCUCAUGACAGCGGUGCAUAUUGUGGAGAAAGCAGACGGCACUUUGCAGUAUCAUAGUAUUACUUGCUGCCGUGUUAAGUUGUCCUAGGGUAAGGUGAAUUCCUGAAGAACAAGGAAGUCAGAAUACUUGAGCUUUCUCAGACUGCUGGCACUCAUGGCGCAAACGAAGCUUGCAGUUAGUACUUGCACUCUGGGCAAAACAGCGAACUGCUUAUACUCGUAUUCUCUAAACGAUGCACGUGACAUGAUGGGUUAAAACUAACGGAUGUAUAAAUAUUGAACAAAAAUGGAAAUUUCACACAUUCAUCUAC